UUUUUGGUUAUCCAUUGUAUAUUCAUAUGUCAUAAAGAAAUAUGGAGCGAUAAAGAUGGCCUCUUAUCUACCCUUUUGAACAUUGUAAAAAAUACUAUGAAUAAUUAUAUUGCAUCCAAAUCAAAUCUAUCGAUCUUUGGCUGUAGAUGGAUCGAAAGCUGAUCUUCCGCCAGCGGGCGUCAUGAGAGUUGGACUGGGGUUCGAGAAUCUGGAAGGACGAGUGGUCUGGUGCAACCCUCUAGCAAUUCCCCCAGGUUCUGGGUGCAGAGAUCUCCCAGGGACGGCAAGCAUCGGGAAGCGCUUGGUUUUUACAACCCUCUAGCAAUCCCCUGGGUUCGAGAGGUCAGGUGCAACCUUAAGCCCUUCUAUGGAUCAAUGGCUGCCUAUAACAAUUCUCCCAAUGAGGUCAAUCCUAGAUGAAUCCUAUGAUUGGGCUGGUAAGGUUUAAUCGUUCUAAAUCCCCCCCAAGAUCUCUGCUAAUUUGCAAUGUAUGGCAAAAUUAGACAUUUGCUCAAAUACCUAUUCCGAAAUCUGAGUGAAAUAAUGUUUCUUUAAUGGCAAAUGACCUUAUUGUGUGCGGGGGGGAAAUUAUGCCGUAAAGUCUGUGGGAAAAAAGAUUUAGCAACCCUCUUUCACCAAUGUGUCCUUAUUGUAGAAAAGAAGCAGCAACACAGAAUCGUGUACUGUGUAGAUAUCAGUUAGCUGCAAAUUUAUGGAUACACUUUUCAGUAUUACUCUUGGAUGGCUGAAAAGAAAAUCUCAUGCUUCAACAUUGUUGCAUGAGAUGGUGUGUGACACCGCACCCGGAUGUACGUGGAUUCGAAAUUUGAUAUGUACUUAAAUUUCCUAACGAAUAAAAUCGUGUAAUGGAAUUGGUAUAUUUAAUUAAUGCGUGAUUAAUUAAAUUAUUUAUCGGGUCCCUAAUAAUGGAAAUGGACUCCCAAAUAUUUAGAUGGGCCAUGGAAAGGGCAUGGAGUUGACCUGUUGGUCAAACGAGGCCCAAUUACCGGUAUUGGUAAUUUAUCGGAUAACAGCCCGAAAUGAAUUUCGGGGACUCCUAAAUUAAUGUUGGGGAACAUACAUCUUCUCUAAAGGCCCAUGAUUAUGAGGAACGCGUGAUAUAUUUUAUUUGGCCCGAUAAAAUAAAAUAUAGUUAAGACAGUCCGAGAAAUACAACUUUCGGGGCCGGUUGUACACACCGGGGCAUAAUGGGAUGACCUCCCACGCGAGUGGGGGCCACCCCACGUUUUUGUAUGCACUAGUUGACUAAAGGGUAGCUGGAGGAACAUGAAUUGAGUGGCAUGUGCGGACUAGUGAGUGAGGGGAUGGGUAGAGACAAACCCAUACACCCCAUGUCCUCUCUUAGUACUAUUCUUGGUCUUUGAUUGAGAGUAGAUACCUCCCCCCUAUCAUUGAGAGCCAUUCGAACCAUACAAGGCAAGAGAGAGCUCAAGGGAAAGUCUUCAACAAGGUCCAAGAUUGAAGGCAACAUCCACAAAAGAAAUCCAAGGAGAAAAGAGUUGUUCUUGAGGUAAGAACACAAGUAUUAUCUUUUAACUAGUAUUAUUUUGUAUGAUUUUUAAGAAAUCAUAUGGUGGAUUAAACAUGAAGUUCUACACGUUUAAAAGUGGAGAAUAAUGUUAUAAAGUGGUGGUAUUUAACUUAGAAGAGUUGGUGAAUCGAUAGGAGUCGGAAUCGCCGGAAACCGCCACUUGUAGGGAGCUGUUCGUAGCUGCAGACCACGAAAGCCGCCCACCUUUGGCAAAAGCCGCCCGGCUUUCGUCUGCUGGUCAGAUUUUCCACUUCCAAUCGGUUUAGAACGGGGAUUGAUCGAAAGGCUUAACAAAGGCAACUAUUUCAGCACUUCAUAAGUUUCAGGUAGAACUUGAAGAGUUGCUGCCACCACCCGUUGCUUCGGGGAGAUCAAGGGAAGAAGACGUGGUUCGUGCUUCUUCCGUUUCUGUUUUGAAAACAAUCUAAAUAAUGCUCAUGGAUAUUAUUUUUGAAUAAUCAUUCGGGGGCUUGUAUGCCCAUGUUUGCCGAGUGUGGCAUAAACACUUGUAUUAAAUGUUUCCGCUGCUUAAAUGAAUAUUUUACAUUAUGCUUGUUUAUGGAUGUACUAUGUGUGAAUGGUAUUCAAGACGCCUUGUAUAGUAUGGAUGAGUUGGACUGCGGUUGACUAUUCGUACUGUACGGCGGGUUGUUGACGUGUCCGGAUAGGUCCGGGGCGUGACAUGGUGGAUAGCAACUUUAUCUAAAACAACGAGUGGCGUUUAUUUGGCAAUACUUCCAGGUGUUAUAAGUCGGCACAUAUAGAAAGCAAUCUGGCCAAAGUGGACUGUUUGUUGGAGGUAGAUAUUUUGUUCUUUCCCUGAAGUUUAUACUCCGUAUAAGAGACAAAAGGGGGUUGUUUAGUUGGUUACCUGAAGCUGAGAAUAACCCAGCUUAAGAACUGAUUUGUCCAAUUCAGAAGAGGAAUCUGUACCAUUUCUGUAAUGGAUUUGCUAUUCUGAAAGAUCAAAUUAAACAUUUCAAAUGAAGUCACUGCAAAAGAUAUUAUUUGUUCCCAGGUAGGUGCUGCCACGUAGGAAAGACUCUUGAAGGGAUGACAUUUGUGCAAGCAAUGACAAUGAAAUUAAUGUGAUAAAGAGUAUCAAGAUGGGGGCAAUAGAUUCACCUUUCGGCCUCAUUGUCGAAGACAUUAGACAGCUUUCAGUCGAUCGGGCUUCGACUAUGUCAGCCGCUGGGGCUUUUUUUCGAUUUCGAUUUCGAUUUUGUCGAAGAUCGGCUUUGUUAUCCCUUGGUCAUUGGUGCUCGGUUGGAGUCCAGGUCAGACGCGGAGGGCGGAAAACGAUGGAAGAGGGCGGAUUUUCUGUCAUGGCUUGAGGAGAUCGGUGUUGUGGUCAAGGUUCGACGAUGUGGCGUUGUUGUUGUCGUUGGAGAAGAUCAGCGCCGUCUAUCUGUUUACUCUGGUCGCACGGAGCAUGGAUGAGUUUGGUUAUGCAGGGACGGAGGAUUGAUGCAUGGUUUUUGGCAGUCAAAGGUCAUGGAGGAUCAAUUAGCAUGGUACCGGUGGUACGACCUCCUCCUGAACCACCACCAUGGGAUGUACAAGGUGCUAGAGUCCGUGAAAGUUUUUCUUGUAGUUUUUAUCUGUUUGUUAUUUGUUUUCUUAUGUCCUUUUUUGUUGUUGGUUUUGACAGUUUGUUUGAGCUUUUUGCCUCUCUUUAUGUCAGUGGGUAUGGUUGGAUCUAUGUGAACAGGUUUGGUUGUGUCAAACCUACUACUACCUCCGUUCUCUUUUAGUUGCAACAUUGGACUUUUUGCACUAUUCACAUAUUCUACUUUGACUACAUUUUAUUAAUUGAUGUAUAAUAAAUUAAAUUUUUAAAAAAUAUUGUUAAAUUCUUCUCAUUCUAAAUUUUCAAAAUAUGAAUUUUUCAAUUUUUUUACUAAUAAGGAAUGAAAGAUAUUGAUGGUCAAACUUGUGCGUUGGCAAACGUGAAAUGUUGACUGUUGCAAUUAAAAAGGAACGGAGGAAGUACAUGGUUAGCGAUUCGUGUUUCUCUCUCAGGGGUGACCGUCUCAAAGUCUCACCAUAGGGUUACAGUCGUAGUUGUUGGUGUCAGUUUUAUUUUCACUUUGCUUGAUGUAAUGAUUUUGAAUCUUUUGAUAUGAACAGAGGCCUGUUUUGAUGAUAAAAAAACUAAGUG